AUGGCGGAGGGCCGCGUGUACAACUUCUCAGCGGGUCCCAGUGCCAUGCCACUGGAGGUGCUGCAGGAGGUCCAGCGUGAGAUGGUGAACUACAAGGGCUCUGGCAUGAGCGUCAUGGAGAUGUCACACCGAUCGAAGGAGUUCAUGGCCAUCGCGGCAGAGGCAGAGAAGAACUUGAGGGACAUCUUCGGCGUGCCAAGCGACUACAAGGUGCUGAUGUUGCAGGGAGGUGCCACCCUGCAGUUCUCGACGGUCGCGCUGAACAUGCUCGGAACCAAGGGCAAGGCGGACUAUCUCGUCACCGGUCAGUGGGGUGAGAAGGCGCACAAGGAGUGCAACAAGUACGGGACCGGGCAGUUGGCCUGCAACACCAAGUCAACCAAGUUCACAACGAUCCCUCAAAAGUCGGAGUGGAAGUUGGACCCAGAGGCUGCGUAUGUGCACUACUGUGCCAAUGAGACCGUGAACGGGGUCGAGUUCAGCUACACACCGGACGUUGGCAGUGUGCCCCUGGUGGCUGACAUGUCUUCCAACUUCUGCUCAAAGCCCAUCGAGGUUAGCAAGCACGCGUACAUCUAUGCAGGCAUUCAGAAGAAUCUGGGUCCCGCAGGCAUGGCUGUGGGCUUCUUGCGACCGGAUUUCGCCGAUGGUAGCAAGGAGCUGAAGAUCUGCCCGACCUACUGCAGCUUCAAGACGACGGGCGAGAAUGGUUCCAUGUACAACACUCCCGCUUGCUUCACCUUGUACGUCAUGGGUGAGUACCUCAAGUACACGAAGAAGGUAGGUGGCCUCGCCCACUGGGCAGAGCAGAGCGACAAGAAGAGCGGAAUGCUGUAUGGCAUGAUCGACGGCUCCGACGGCUUCUACCAAUGCCCUGUAGAGAAGUCUGCGAGGUCGCGAAUGAACGUUCCUUUCACAAUCAAGGGUGGGGAUGAAGCGCUGGAGAAGAAGUUCUUAGAUGAAGCCAAGAAGCACAAGCUCUACACCCUGGCCGGCCACCGGUCUGUGGGUGGAUGCAGAGCAUCCCUGUACAAUGGUCUGCCGCUUGAGGGUGUGGCGACCCUGACGGACUUCAUGAAGUCCUUCAUGGACGAGAACCGUAAGUGA